AUGGCAGAUCCGAAUGAGAACAGCCUCCUUGAUAAAGUGAUACGGCUAGCUCAUCAGUUCGCCGCCUACCGCGCCCAGAGCCUGCCCGGUACAGCCGACUUCCCGGAACUCGUGCUGAGCAGGGCAUUCGAUCUCAUCAAACAACACCCCACCUGUCAACAGGCCCAACUAGAAGACCCGUUUCCGGCGAGCUGGGCGAUUGAUCGCGCGGAACUUCACCGGGCAGUACGCCGUUUCCACUACAUCACCAACCGGUUGCUCGAAAGUGAUCUCCAGUUGGAGCCGGGUACUCUGGGAGCUGGAUCUACCCAAGCCAGUACCAGAAAUCGGUCUGCUAGCGAGCCCGAAACUGUCGACCUUUCCUCUCGAGGACAUACUCCUCCCCAACCACCACCGAUGGAUCAACCCUUCAGUGCGGCUCAGCUAGCACAGAUCCAACAGGUGAUCGCCAACUUGGUCCAACAGCGUCAAGGACCUGCGGGCCCAACGGGUCAUGACAACACCCGAACAGACACUUCAUGGAAGCCAGCGGAUAUCGGGCUUUUCGACCCCGGGCUGGGCGACUCCGAAGACGGUUCACAGCUAGUAAACACAACGACUUACUACACUAAUGUCGACGUGUUUAUCGAUCGCAUGCGCGAUCUAGUUGCGCUGAAAUCCGAGACAGUGGUACGCGCCAAUAUCCACUCCUGCCUACGCGGCGCUGCUUUGCGCUGGUACACACAGGAGCUAUCCCGCGACACCAAGGACCUUUUGCAGCUGAAAAGCCUCGAAGAAGCCUGGUUCAAGAGGCUAGCUACCCGGUUCAAGCCAAGCCGAACCGACGCUUUACGCCAGCUAGAAAGUACGCACUACACAUGGAAGGACAUCAGGGCUGGAACAACACCUCGAGACUACGCUCAGAAGAUGCUCCGCCUGCUAAAGUCAACCGGAACUAGCGAUAAAAAUGACCAGAUCGCUCGAAUCGUUUACAACAUCGAAGCCACUCUAGCAAGAGACAUCGGUGAACUUUCAGAUGAAGUGACACUAGAAGGGUUUAUGCUCAAGCUCGACUUUCACUAUGAGACCUGGAAGCGACAAGCCGAUGAACGGCCUAGCACUCAGCUACAAAACACGGCCCCAACAAGGAAUUGGACUAGCUACCGUUUUCAGCAACAGUACCAGCCCCAGCAGAACCAAUACAGGGCUCCCCAGUAUGGAUCCUACGGCUACAACAACCAACAGAAUCAUUCCGCCGCUAGCGGCUCCGCAAACCGUCAGUUCCCAUACAGGCCUUACUACCAGCGCCCUAACCAACAGUGGCAACAACAGCCCUCGGAUCAACGCCAGCAGCAGCAGCAGCUGCAGCUACCACCCUCUCGUCCCCAAGCUAAAGAACCACUACAACUAGCUGACAAGCCCUUUUACAACCAGGACCAAAACCAAGGCCAGAAGCAACCCUGGAAUCGCUCCCAGCGUGCUUUCCAAGCGGAUGUUCAACUCGGUUCCGAAGUCCCUGAAGACUUUGACCAAAGUGAACAGCUAGCUGGCCCAGAGCCUGAGUAUGACGGUUUCGAUGCUCACUACGACGACACAGGCUAUGACGAGGAUCCUGACCCAGCAGCACAAACGUGCGCCCCAGAGAUUCAACCGCACGUCACUUGCCUCAACUGCCGCCGAAUGUUCACUUCUACCAACAAGCUCCACUCCCAUCUGGAAAGCUGCAAGCCCACGGCUGCGGGAACACCAGACGAGUCCGCGCUAGCAAACUUCGCCGACUCAAGUCUACCUCUCAUCAAAUCGUCCCGCGAUUACAAUACCGCUCAACCCGGCCUAGGAUUCAGAUCCUGGCGGUAUGCGACCGCACCUGUCGCGCUCGGUGACCAAUACAACCUAGUUACAUGCUGUCUAGACACUGGUUGUGUAAUGACCCUUAUCGACACUGAGCUAGCUAAGUCCAUUGCUACACCCAUUAGCUGUGCUCCGAUUUCAGUUUCCGGCAUCGGUUCUCACCAUGAGUCCACCUCACAACCUUAA